AUGAGUCCGGAGAGCAGCGGUGGCGACGGCCCUGGAAGAGCUUCGUCGACUGCCUGUCCCUCCAGCGCCGACCGCCGCUCGCCUCAUGGCCAGCGUGGCAGACGGCGGUCCUCGACGCCAACGCGGCAGCCGCUGCCUCAGCCCUUGCGACGUGGCACUGGGACGUCGUCGCCUGCCCUGGCCACCGUUGUCUGUUGCUUCCUCGUCACCUGGACCAGGCAGGCCGAAGGCAGCCGUGCAGCUCGAGGCAUCAUGGCCAACACCAGCAGCCUCCUGGAUAGCCUGCUCUCGGAGAAGAACUACAACCGCCAGUUCAGACCAGGAUUCGGAGGUCCCCCAACGGAGAUCCUCACGGACAUUCUCAUCAGAAGCUUCGGACCGGUGUCGGAGAACGAGAUGAUGUUCUCGAUGGACUGCUACUUCCGGCAGACGUGGUACGACCGCCGGCUCAGCUUUCACGGCGACAUCAAGGUGCUCUCGGUCAGCUGGCAGUUCCUGGAGCUCGUGUGGAAGCCGGACACGUACUUCUUCAACGGCAAAAGCUCCUACCUACACAAGGUCACCGUGCCAAACAAGUUCGUCCGCCUGUUCCACGAUGGUCGACUCAUGUACUCCAUGAGGCUUACCAUAAAAGCAAGCUGCCCAAUGCACCUCCGGAAAUACCCGCUGGACACGCAGGCCUGUCCACUGGAGAUUGGCAGUUUUGCCUAUUCAUCGAAAGAAGUUGUGUUUAAGUGGAAAGGUGCGGAACCCGUUGUGAUAUCACCGGACGUCACCCUGUCGCAGUAUGAGUUUCUCAGCGUGACAGCGACCAACUUGACUACGUAUGGACCAGGCGGAGAAGUACGUUCUUCACUCAUGACCCGCUUCAUCUUAAGCCGUCGACGUGGCUACUUCAUCCUUCAAAUCUACGCACCAUGUUCCAUGAUCGUCGGAGCCUCCUGGGUAGCGUUCUGGAUCAACCGCAGCGACGCCGCUGGCCGCGUCGCUGUAGGUGCCACCACAGUGCUGACACUGGUGACGAUGGGCUUCGGGGGCCGUGCGUCGCUCCCCAAGGUGGACUACGCGACGGCGCUCGACUGGUUCGUCAUCAUGUGCUUCACCUUCGUGUUCACGGCACUCGUCGAGUACGCGUGCGUCAACUACCUCGAGCGCUUCCUCAUCAACCGUGAACGCAAGCGGAUCGAAGCGCUCGCUCAAAAGGAGGAACACCGAGAGCGUGCCAAGGAGCUCAAGGAGCCCGGCCAGGAGGAAACGGUGUUGGACGACGGGACGUCCGACUCUGAAAACAUCCGGCUCCGUCUCGAAAACGCCGAGGAGGAAGCGGCGGCCGCAGCGCUGGCGGCGGCGGAAGACGCCUCCUCGCGGCGAGGACGCCUUCGUCCCGGUGUCCCCACGCUGGGCAUGGCCCGAUUCGGCUUCCGCUGGUGGGGCCCCAAGCAGCGGCUGGGCGACAGCCACCCGGACACGGCGUACGCACGGUGCAGCCGCGGCGUCCCCGGCCCUCCAGCACCAUCGUCCUCGAGGGAACAGCGCCUCACUCCGAGCGAAGUUGCCGCCGAAAUGGACGCCUGGGCGCGCAUCAUCUUUCCCGUCACGUUCACCGCGCUCAAAGUCAUGUACUGGACGCUGUUCCUCUACUUCGUGGACGACGAAAUCCCCGAGGACCCACCUCCGCAAAACUGAAUGUUUCCCUCU